AUGACCAACCCAGGCCUACCGAAUGACGACGAUGCAGUGAUGAUCGACUUGAAGCCAAUCUCGGCACCGGAAACCGGACCGAGCAGCAGCAGUAACACUAAUGGCCAGAAUCAAGGCUUGCUGGAUUUCGGCCCAGUCAAAGAACAAGGCUCUUCGAAGGGACUCACUCAGACUGCCAAGGUCACCAUUUCUCCUCAACGUCUGACGCCGCUGAAGAAAUCCUGGCCACAGAUCUACACACCACUAGUUGAAGAGCUAGGCUUGAUGGUACGAAUGAACGUGGGCUCGCGACGGGUGGAGUUGAAAAGCUCCAAGCACACUCUUUCGCCGGCCUCAUCGACGAUCACCAAGGCUGUCAACUUCCUCCAAUGUUUCAAUCUCGGAUUCGCCGUCGAAGAUGCCCUGGCUCUCCUCAGACUCGAAGAAAUAUACAUUGAAUCCUUCGAAAUCAAGGAUGUCAAAGCCUUGACCGGUGAUCAUCUUAGUCGUGCUAUUGGCCGCAUCGCCGGUAAAGACGGUCGUACUCGCUUCACCAUCGAAAAUGCCAGUCGGACAAGAAUCGUACUGGCGGACACCAAAAUCCACAUUCUGGGAUCCUUUGCUGCUAUUAGGAUCGCUCGGGACGCUGUCUGUGCCCUGAUCCUCGGCUCACCGCCUGGAAAAGUUUAUCACGGAUUACGGACUGUUGCUGCCCGACAACGCGAACGGUUUUAG